AUGCUUUUUCUCCUGAUUUAUCGAGUAGUUUCAGAAAGUUUUCAAUACACCACCUUUUCAACAUCAUUUAAUAAGCUAUACACAAAUAUACAAGGUGAUUAUUUCUUUUCGAACUGCAUUUUCCAAGAUAUUCUUACAUAUGAUAACUCUCCGCUUUGGUUUUUUGGUGGAACAAAUACUAAAUUAUUAGAAUUAUUCCGAUGCACUUUCCAUCAUUGUACUGCCAAUCAAGGCGGAUCUUUGAGUAUCACAGAUUCUAAGAAUUCUAACUACAAUUUUCGAGCACGAUUUUUAUGUGUUAGUAACUGUCAAGCGUCGCAACAAGGAGGCCUCUGGUUCUUUCGUUUUCCAAACACUCAAAAUUUCGAUUAUAUUACUACACAUAUGUGUUCUUCUCCUAUUCGAACGGCAUUAUGGAUAGAUGGAUCAGGUCCAAUGAUUAAUAAUUGGAAUGCAACAUUUCUUAAAGCUACCUAUGAAGGUGAUUCAAUGAGAACCGAAGGCGCCUUUUACACCCAUUGUUCACAAGACUACAGAAUACAAUAUACAUCCAUCAAAAAUUGCACCAGUAGAGACAGCUUAUUCCACAGCUGGUGGUCAGAAGGAAACUUAAACAUGGAGAAAGUUGAUUUUAUUGAAAACGACUGCUUAUGGUACGCUGUCAUCUUCCUCAACAACUCUCACACAGCAAAGAUUUACCUUAAGAGUUGCCUGUUUAAGCGAAAUAGGGUUCAAAGGAAUAUAUUCAAAUGCGAAACAGGAAAUGGCGAUGCUGCCCAAAUUGUUUUGGUCGACGCUGUUGCAUCAGACAAAUCUGUAGAUUAUAAAGAAGGAAAUGUCGAUGGUACUAUCAUGACAGUUCAUGGCGACUAUUCAACCAAAGAAUUUACUUUCUUCGAGACUCAAAGAUGUAUGAAUCAAAACAUCCCAUAUCCUGAAAGAACCCCUCUAAAAACAGCAGUUCAGACUCCCAGAAUAACUCCUUUAAUUACACCAAGAAAUACUCCAUAUAUGACAGCACACAAAACACCAGUGAACACAGAGAGAGAAACCCCAGCAUACACAGCAAAGGAAACACCUUAUUUUACAAACCACGUAACUCCAUUUAUCACAAACAAAGAGACGCCUUAUCUGACUGAGAAAGAAACACCACAUGUGACUAAUGCCGAAACGCCUUCAUUUACUGCAUUCGACACACCUUAUUUGACUGAGGAAGAAACACCUUAUCUGACUGCAUUUGAUACACCACAUUCCACAAACGAAGAAACUCCAUAUUUAACUGAAGAAGAGACACCAUUGCUUACUCCAUUAGAAACACCUUAUUUGACUGAGGAAGAAACACCUUAUCUGACUGCAUUUGAUACACCACAUUCCACAAACGAAGAAACUCCAUAUUUAACUGAAGAAGAGACACCAUUGCUUACUCCAUUAGAAACACCUUAUUUGACUGAACACGAGACACCCUUUGAAACUGCUUUUGAGACACCAUUUUUGACAAAUGAAGAAACUCCAUUCAUUACAGAGGGAGAAACAGCUUUCGAAACUCCUUUUAUUACAAACGCAGAAACUGCUUAUGAAACACCAUUCAUUUCUAAUUUUGAAACACCAGUGAAUACUCCAGUUGUUACAGCUCAUGAUACACCAUUCCAAACAAACUUUGAAACCUUUUAUGAAACACCGCAUUUGACAAACGAAGAGACCCCAAUGAUUACUUCAUUUGAAACAAAUCAUGAAACACCAUAUAUUACAUUCGAAACAA